CAACACCUUAUGCCGAGGAUAUGCUUCUCUUUUAUGGAAUACGACUCAUUGAAGCAUACAUCUGGUUUGAUUCGGCCAGAUCGUGGAGUCCUAAGGCUAAUAGGUUAUCGCUGAUUGCAAAGUUUAUGGCUUUGUCAGAGCGAGUGGAGAUCAUAAGGAAAAUGUGUAUGUUUUUGACAAGUGUAGAUGUUCUACAAAUUGAUGAUAAAAGAACAAAACAAAACUUAAUCGAUGGCAAUACCAGGCAUUUUCCUGUUCCUUCAGAAAAGAUACCUCAAAGUCCAUUGCAUCAUGUAGAAAUAGUCUCUAACUUGAAGGAUAACUUCAAAAAUCGUUUCAAGGAUUUCAACGAAAUUCCUAUAGUGGCGCAAUUUGUUGUUUCACCUUUCAUGGAAAUUGAUAUCCAGCAGUUCGCAACUUCUGUUACGCAGAAUUUUAGCGAAGACAUCGCAGCGACAGAAACGGAAGUGAUUCCGUUUCAAAAUGAUUUAGCUCUAAAAUCAUUAGUCUCAAAUACAGAAUGUAUCUGGCCUUCAGUAAGAUUCCUGGAAGCCGUAAGCAGAUGUGAGGUAUUGUCAUUCCAUAUCAUAUUGCAUAUUCAUUUCUCUAUACUAUUACAUUUUAUAUGGUAA